AUGACGCGAUUCCUUGGAAGAGAGCCCCUGCUUCCUGUCCAAGCAAACGUUCGAGGGCGUGGAGUCGCCACCGGACAGCCAGGGACAGGAACGCGAGCCAUGGACAAGGCCGACGCCCGGGGCAAUCCAUGCCAUGUCAGUUCGCGUUCAAAGGCCAGCAAAGCUCCGCGAUCUGCAACUUGCCCCUCCGAAUACAUUGAAAUCACUUUCGGCGACUACGAGGACCGGCGUGACACUGCCACGCCAGCUCGUGCCUUGACGUCACAUGGUUUGACACUAGGAAGCGCUGAUGUUGGGGAUGGCCCGAUUGUGGUACCAGACGUUCCGACCUGCAUUCCCUCCUUUGGUCGCGCGCGCGGGACGCCGUCGCGCAGACAACACAACAAAGUAGCUGCAAAGUCGUGGCUCGAAGGUCCGGGAGUAUAUGACCAGACACGGCCAUGGCAGGCGGCCGCAACUUCUGCUCCUUCUGUCCAGAAACCCAGUGCUGAGCUCGAGAGGGAGUCGUCCUUCCUUGCGGGGGAGCCAGACCCUCAGGCGCCAAAUGCGGGGACUGCGGUAGAGCAGGCCCCGCUUCAUGGGCUCCCAGGUGGAUCUGGGGAGGAGCUUGCCAUGCAAAUGCGCAUCAAUAAGGCUCUUACCAGCGCAGCGAAGACCAGAAAAGUUGACUGCAUCAGCAAGGUGUUGCGGGUAGCCGCGACCAACCUCCACCUGAUGAACGGGGUCAACUUGGCAACAGCGGUUCAUCGGCUCGCGCGCACGUGUCAAGGGGCUCCAGGGAGCAUUGACUCUGUGACCCAGGAUCCGGUUUUCCAUCUUAUGCUGGAAAGGAUCGAAAGCAAGGGUCAGAAGGAGAUCGAGCUCCAGGACUCCAGCAUGCCAGCGAAUUGCUGCACCAUCAUCACUUGGUCUUGCGCCGUGCUCCGCAUCUUCGUGCCCAAUCUGCUCGUCGUACUUGCCAGAGUGGCGGCCAGGUCCCUGGUGGAAUGCCAGACAUUCGAGAUCACGAACAUGCUCUGGGGCUGCGCGGAGCUUUGCAAGCGCGAGCCGCAAACGGCCGCAGGUAUGGAGGGCAACAUCCAGGAGUUGGUGGACGCCACCGCACGCGUCAUGAUGGUGCGGGAUCCUGGCUCCUGGAAGGUGCAGGUGCUCAUCUCGGCGUUGGUUUCCAUCACCGCCUUCCCCUUCGCAGGCGAACUCACCACGCGGCUGCUCUUGCUGAGCAUCGUUGAGGAACUCACAGAGCGAAACGUAGAACUGGAGACCGCGAAUUCACAACCCGUGGCGACGGCCUGCCACGUCCUGCGCUUGAAUCACCCUCAGGUGUUCGAUGAGAUUAUGAACAUUCUUUCCACGAAGAGGACAUCCCUCCUGUCACGGGUCGUUCGCGACGGCAGUGCCUUAAUGGAGAGAUGGCACGCCUGGCGAACCAUCGCCGUAUAG